AUGAUGGGCGUUGUUGUUCUCUGUGAUCCAGUGUUCACAGCUGCAUUGCCCAGUGCUGGCGUCUUCCACGCCGCAGUUCUUGUACGUGUCGCACUUCAAAUGGGCUGUGUCUGCGGAUCGACCGCCUCAUCCGAGUCUCGCGCAAGUGCUAUUGUUCGUCUGAGAUACAAAGCUCCCGUACAAAACAGCAAAUUCUUCAUUUUUUUCUCCGUUCCCUGGACUAUGGCCGACGGCGACCUCCCUGAACCGUCAUCUCUGUAUGGCUACACUCCCACGACUACUGUCUGUGUCACCUUCAUUGCAUUAUUCGGAAUUACGACUGUCAUCCAUGGAUGUGAAGCGGUUGCCUUCAAGAUGUGGUUGUUCCUUGCUCUUCCUACCCUAGCGGGCGUGCUAGAGGUUGUUGGCUGGUUGGGCCGAUUCUGGUCCAGCUUCGCCCCUGCUGACCUAUUACCCUAUUCGAUUCAAACUGUCGCCACUAUAAUCGCGCCAACACCACUUCUUGCAGCGAACUUCAUUAUUCUCGCGAUGCUUAUUCGAUAUUUAGGAGAGGGAUUCAGCCGGCUUUCUCCAAAGCUAUAUUCCAUCAUCUUCACUUCAGCGGAUAUACUGGCGCUCAUCAUUCAGGCGUUUGGGGGCGCGAAGGCAUCCCAUGCCGUCAGUAACCAUGAAGAUCCAGAACCGGGAGCGCACAUAAUGCUCAUUGGGAUAGUUCUCCAGAUGGUAGCGAUUACGUUCUUUGUUCUCCUUGCGUCAGAAUUCUUUAUCCGCUACUACACGAGAAGACCUAUUCGGCUCCGCAGUUAUCUCGCAGUGGAUCCGUCUAAUAGGAGAAUCGACCGAAAAAUGCAGCUGAUGAUAAUGGGGCUUGGGUUUACCACUGUUUGUAUCUUUAUAAGAACUGUUUACCGGACAAUAGAGCUCAUUAAUGGCUUCACGGGAAGAAUCAUUCGCACGCAGAUUUAUUUUAAUGUUCUCGACGGUGCCAUGAUCAUCCUUGCCAGUUACACGCUCAACUUCUUGCACCCAGGCUACUUGUUGAGGGAUGUUAUUGAAGAAGGAGCCAGGGCGAAGAGCUUGGAUCCGUUAAAAGACAAUGUACCGCUUAUGCCGGUAGGGAAGACAGUAGGGAAUUAUGACGAGGAGGCCGGGGCAAAGAUCACAGAUCCGUUUAAAGACAAUGUGCUGCUUGUGCCAACAGGGAAGCCAAUAGGGAAUUAUGACGAAGAAGCACGUAUCAAAACUGGAUCCACACCACUGACAUAGACGACCACGCUCGAUACGAUAUGGACUAUAACUUUAUUAUCACUUCUUGUCACGGCUGUUUUAGACUCUCACGAAUCGCA